CAACCGCUCAAUGCGACCUGCAAAAUCCUCGAGUUGCAAGUUCUCACUCUUCACUCAGUCAGUUCACUUAAUAUAUUCAACCUGUGAGUGUCAUAGAGUGACUUAAGUGGUAUAGCGUAUGGUGACAAAAGCGGUUAAAAAGUUGAGGAAACAGACAAUCUUUAACAUAGUUUUUAUAGACGUAAUUAAGGCUAGAAUAGUUUAUAUUUAUGUGAAAAAAUAAACGGAAAAUACUUAAGUAUUUCGAAUUUAAAUGACGGUUACGAAGGGACCAUAAAUCCGAAAAGGGAAGUAUUUAAAGUGACAAUUAGUGCAAAUUUGGAUUUGUUUGUUUUGACUACAACAACCGUGAAGUGUGAUAUAACUUUCAAAACGGAGCUCUGAUAGACCUGCAUUGAUGUCUGAGUGAAAAAGCAAGAAAAGUGUUUUCGCAAAACUGGAUUUUAAUUGGAACAGUAAGUAAAACCAGAAAUCCCACGGUGCGGCGUCCCGUCUUUAUCUCAGAAGUCGCACAAAAGAAAGGAAAUAUCAUCUAGUUAAAUUGAAAAGAGGAAAUUAACUAUAAGUGCCAUAAAGUAGGUAGAACCAUAUAUCAGAGCCGGUGUGUGCGUUGAAUAAGUUCAGUGGCCUUAAGGCUACCUACGAGUGCAACAACAUCAAUAUGUAAGCGAGAAAUAAGAAAGAGACUAUAUGCAGUACACUCGGAGAUAUGUCAACCGCUCAGAAACUUGGUAAUGGAGUUAGUCUUUCUGAAUUAGAUUUGGCAGCCAUCAGACGGCUCCUAGAUGCUGAACAUUCCUCGUCUGGCACAUGCCCAAGUUGCGAGAUGCCUUUUGACAAAGGCAAAAAAAGAAGACUCAUAGACAAUUGCGGACACGAGAGAUGCUAUUCUUGUAUGUUCACCAACGAGUCUUGCCCUCUCUGUGUAGGAAACGGAAUCACGACAGAAAUAGAUGGAACCCUUAAACCAAAUUUAGGCUGUAGCAAAUUAAGAGGAUCAGAAAUUAGCCUCCGUGGAGAAAUGCCACAAGCGCAGCAAGUGCAACCUAGAACCAAAGUCAAAACUAACGGCUACUUUAACUUACUCUCACAAAGUCGCACUGAUCUGUUGACAUCCAGUGUAGAAGUAGGCCAUCCAGAAAAGCUGCCAAAGACUCGUCCCUCGAAUUUGCGUCACCGAGCUCCCGAACAAAAUAUUAUGACUCAAAGCUGCCCCACUCCUCCUCAAGCCAGAAAGAAAUUCUAUCUCGGAGCGAAAGGAUUAAAAAGUCCAUUGUUGAGUAGGGGUGUUAGGCAAGAACCAGCUCUAUCAGCUGCCAUGACAUCUUCAACAACAUCUACCGAGAGCAAACACUGGCCAAGUGUUAUUUUAGGAAAAAUCAGAUCACUUUGGCACGCCGGUUCCAAGAGUGCGAAUACAGGCCUUAAUCAACUUUCAAGAGACGAUGAAAGCGUUCAACCUAAACCCGCCAUCAAGAAAACCUCCGAAAACGAUCUCUAUAUGCGUCUUGGUCUCCUUCUCGGUGAUUCUGCCAAACGAUCGAAGAAGCAGCAGGAAAUAAACCAUGAAUCCUGCUCAUCGUUGGCUAGUUACGAGGCUUCGACGAUGUUAUCAACAAAUACUAGCCCUGUCUCCACAUUAACCGGGAGUUCAGAAGACCAGCACCGGACUAAUCCUAGUUCAGAUAGUGUCGCAUCGUUGAUGUCACUCUCAAUGUCCGGACAGAGUAGCAAUUCCAGUCCCCUGAGUAGGAGACACAGUGUUACCACUCAGCAACAAAACCACGCAGAAAGUAUAAGGUAUAGAAGACCUGGCGCUAGAAUAACAAAAGCCGAAAUGGUCAAAGCCUCGGCAGAUCCGAGGAUACGAAUUAGGCAAUACGGUGCACCUCAACUAACUUUUAAGCCCUUAUUUUUCGAAGUACCUCUUCAAGAACCCAAUCCUCUCUUCAUCGGCAGACAUUGGUUGAUUAAAGAAAUAGAAGAUGUUAUUAAUUCUUCCAGUCCCGGUGUUCUGCUGACAGGUAAUCCAGGUAGUGGAAAGACUGCCCUCAUCCUACAACUAGUUGAAUAUAGCUGUUUUGGUCGCAGAAAAGAAUCACACUAUCAGUCUAUCCAAUCUCCUGAAAGAUCUCGUAGUCCCCAAAGUAUCUACUUCCAAAUCGACUUAAUUUCGGAAAAGAUUAAAGAGCUUUCCAGCAGUGUUGUAGCCUAUCACUUCUGCCAAGCUGAUAACAACUACACUUGCUCUGUACCUGACUUCAUUCAUUCUUUAGCAGCUCAGUUAUGUCAAGCUCCUCAACUAGUAGCAUAUCGUGACCAUCUGGUGAAUGAGUCUGAUCUGCAAAGUACACUAGCACUGAAGGAGUGCAUCGCCAACCCCGACAUAGCAUUUACUAGAGGCAUUUUAGAACCUUUGGCCUGUUUAAAGAGAUUGGGAAAGAUAGACAACUUCAACUACGUGAUACUUAUUGACGCAUUGUGUGAAGCAGAGUACCAUAGACCCGACCAUGGUGAUACUAUAACGACAUUCCUCUUAAAACAUAUCUCAAGCUUUCCUUCUUGGUUGAAAGUUAUAACUACUGUUAGAAGCCAACUAGAAGAAGUUACAAAACAACUCCCUUUUACUAGGAUCUCCUUAGAUAAUGUACAGUCUAACGAUAGUAUUCAAAAAGAUUUGGUUGGCUAUAUAAAUUUUAGAGUACAGAAUAACCAAGCCAUACAAAGUAAUAUAACACUAGCUACUAAUGGUAAACCAGAAAGUUCCUCGUUUUCUCAAAAUAAAUUUGCCCAUCAUUUGCUCAAUGCUAGUCAAGGUUCCUUUUUAUUUGUAAAACUAACCUUAGAUUUACUAGAAAAAGGUCAAUUAGUUGUUAAAUCUUCCGGUUACAAAGUUCUUCCAGUAAACCUAGCUGAAAUCUACCUCUUACAUUUUAACUUAAGAUUUCCUACAAUACGAUCUUUCGAAAAGGUCACCCAUAUUCUCAGUGUCUGCCUUGCAGCUCUCUAUCCUUUAACCAUUCUCGAAAUCUACUAUUCGGUUAAUGCUUUAUUAGUCGACAACUUCUUGCCUUGGAGUGAGUUUCUACAGAGAUUUAAACUUCUCUCUGGUUUUUUGGUAAAAAGGCUGGAUAACACCUACAUGUUUUUCCACUCAUCGUUCAGAGAAUGGUUGAUUAGAAGGGAUGAAAAUGAUGCCAUGAAAUUCCUUUGCGACCUUAGAACCGGACAUGCUGGAAUCUCAUUCAGAUUAUCUCGAGUACAAGCGCCUUUAGAUCCAGAAAAAACUUUAGAACUUGGUCACCAUAUUCUCAAAGCACACGUCUACAGAAAUAUGUCUUUCCCGAAUCUCACGUCACGAGAUUUACAAGCCAAAUGGGUAGCAGAGAGUUCAGAAAAUGUAUCUGAAGCAGUAUGCCAUUUAAGAAAUAUGUAUUGUCCUAAUGUUAAAGUAUCCAGAUUAAUGCUCUUGGCUGGAGCUUCGCCAAACUAUAUCACUGAUCUCCUGGGUAAUGCACCCGUGCUCUGUGUAUAUGCUAAUGAAGGUAUUCUUCCCAUGGUGUCAUUACUUCUGGAAUUCGGUGCUGAUGUUGAGCUUACAAACAGCCAAGGUUGCACAGCUCUUUCCCUGUCGUCAGCUAGAGGUCACUGUGACGUAGUACGUCAACUAAUAGCAGCUGGUGCCUCACCUGGACACGCUGACACAGGAGGAUACUGUCCUUUAGUCCACGCGGCCAGAAAUGGUUUUCUCAAUGUAGUUGGUUAUCUCCUGGCAUGUGAUUGGAUAACAAAAAAUGAAGAAGAUGUACACAUAGCAGUGGCUGCUCAACAGGCUUUGAUAGCUGCAGCCGGACAAGGACAUAGUGAAAUUGUGGAAUAUUUGUUGGACAUGGCAGAAGUGAACAUUGAUCUGCCUGAUUCGAUAACUGGUGAAACUGCUUUAACUAUUUGUGCUUCAAAUGGUUGUCAUGGAGUUUGCUCCGUUUUGAUCAAUAGAGGGGCAAACAUUUGCGUCACGAAUAAGAAGGAUCUGGCACCACUGUUCUUGGCUGUCAAGGAAGGUCAUUGGGCUGUGGCUGAAAGACUGAUCCAGAAUCAUGCUGCUAUUGAACAAUGUGAUUCUACUGGAAAAUCUCCUUUGAUGAUUGCUUCGUCGGAAGGACAUUUAGGAAUUAUCGAACUUUUACUUGACAGAGGUGCUGAUAUAAAUAAAGAGGAUAAAGAAGGCCUGGCACCCCUAGCUUGGGCUUGUUUAAGAGGAAAACUACAAGUAGCUCAGUGUCUCUUGGAACGAGGUGCAGCGAUUAAUAAUCCUGAUAAGUCUGGUCGAAUUCCGUUAGAUCUAGCUGCGUUUCAUGGAAAUCAAGCUCUAGUGCAGUUUUUAAUUGAUCGCGGAGCCACGAUUGAACAUGUUGACAUUAGCGGAAUGAGGCCAUUAGAUCGAGCUAUUGGCUGUAGAAAUGUUCAAGUUAUUCACUGUUUUCUGAAGAAGGGUGCAAAAUUGGGACCUGCAACGUGGAGUAUGGCACAUGGAAAACCAGACAUAAUGUUGAUACUUUUAAACAAGUUGCUCGAAGAUGGUAAUAUUCUAUACCGCAAGAGCAGGCUAAAGGAAGCAGCUCAUCGAUACCAAUAUGCCUUAAAGAAGUUCCCAACUGAAGACCAAGAUGAACAUAAUAAAACCUUCAAACAACUUAAGAUAAACUUUUUGUUAAACUUCUCUAGAUGCAAAAGGAAAUUAGGGGAAUCUCAAGAAGCCAUUGAAUUGGCAAAUCUCGUUAUAGAAUUAAAACCAGAAUCUUACGAAGCAUACUACGCCAGAGCGAAAGCUAAAUUGGAUCAAAACAAAUACGAAAGUGCCUUACAUGACGUGAAAGAAGCUCAAAGAAGAGCUCCGCCCCAAGGGAGCGAAAUAAAAAUUUUGAAUUACUUGUUGGAGGAUAUUACUACAAGGAUGUCCUCCAGUAGAAGCUUGUCGAAUAGAAGAAAUGUCGCUAUAUCUGUAGAUACUUUACACGAAUAGAAAUGUUAUCUUUUUAAGAUAUUUUACAAAAAAUAGAUAUGCCUUUUAGAUACCCACGGGGAUUGCAAACUAAAAGAAUUUAAUGGUAUAAAAGACUAAACUGCACUGUUUGAGCUUCGUGUAAUUUAUUUUCCCAGAAAGAUGUUUCCCGUGUUUUACCAGGACCUUCUUUAUAUAGUAAUGUCAUCUCACUUAAUUGAAGUGGUCACAGUUCUUUCAGUUGUGAUUUCUAUUUUUGUCUUCUAUGACUCUGUAAUGAUAAUAGUUUUUUUUUUAUUUAAAUUUAAAAGUAAGAAUACAUUGUAAGAUUACAUUGUCCGAUAUCAGUAUUGCUAAGAAAUAGUACUUGAUAUAAACAAUGCUUCAACUGAUCGUUCAGUAAAAUUUACACAAAGGAAGUAUUCCAAAAGUGUAUAUUUUGACUGCAAAAUUUGCGAGUAUGUUUUAAAAUCUGGGUGCUUUUCUCCUUCUUCUUCUAAGAUGACGUGACUCGUUAGUCUCUUGCACUUUGUCACAAGCCCUUUGUACCAUACUCUGUUUUUUCCUUAAACUCUAAUACGUUCUGUGGCCUCAACGAAGGCCAAAAGUUUUCUCAUUGAUAGUUUUAGGAUCUCUUCUGGUUCAAACCUCAGGUGACCAGUAAAUUUCUGCCUUACAUCACUUAGCACACUGCAAUGGCAUAGUAUGCGUAUGACAGCCUUUCUUCCAUUUCGCACUUUCUGCACCAUGGUUUAUUCACUUACCUAGUUUUUGCAGGUGGUUUCUUAAACGAAAUGUCCAGUCAUUUCAGUGACCGUUUUGAUCUCUCGUUUAUUGAGGUUCAGCAUGCUGUUCGAGAGUUUUUUAUCAAUAUUCUUAUCAAUAUUAUUUAUGAAGUUAUACUUCUUUAGGCGCGUUGGGAGUAAAUUUAUAUGUGCUCGAAUUCAUCGAAAGUCUUGGUCCUGAGCGCAGCUCAAACGUUCUACGGGCUCUGAUUGGGUAAUUACAAUGACCUAUCAACAAGUGUUCAAUAUGUCGGUUAUGGAUAAAUGUUGUGUAUAUUAGUUUUUAUUGUUGUGAGGACAGAUAAAAAAGUAAGUUUAUAAUUGUAGUGACUUUUUAAAUAUUUUUUAAAAGCAACAGGUACGUAAUUAUUGUAAAUGUUUCAGUAUUGUAAUAAAAAAUUACAUAGGUACCUGUUUGGAAACUGUAUGUGCCUAUCUAGUAGGUAAUGCUUUGAUUUAUAUAAAAUGAUUACCAACAAAAUUUCUACCAAUCUUCAUCUAAUAUAUUGUUUUCUUACUCUAUGUUUUGUUGUAUUUUAAUAUUUUAAUUCCACAAAAAUCAAACUAAUUUGAUUAAUUUCAGAACUGUCAAACAGUAAAACGUUCAGUCAGCUUAUCUUCGCACAUGAUAGGUACGUGUAAGUGGCUAAAUGAGUGGAGUCUUCGACUUCAAUUCCUAAGCUCCCGAAUAAACGCGGGUUCGAAUCCCAAUGCAAGUUUUUAUUUUUUUAUACAUUUUAUGAUUGUAAGUAUAUUUGUUAUAUACUUUUUUUUCAGAAAAUGCGUAUUUAGUUAAAAUUUUUGCCAACAAUCAUUGUUCAGAAAUCAUUUCUUUGUGACAUUUUUUCAAUAUGUUUGUGUGUGUUUUAUUCUUUUAUUUUUAAUUUUUUUAAUUUUUGGUAUUGUUUUAAUAAAAAUUUUUGGAAAGUAGUAAGUAUUAAAAUUAGUUUAAUAUUUAAAUAAAAUAUAAAUAAACUGUUUAAAGCACAUAUUAAUUUCGUUGGAAUCAUAUAAUAGAAGUAUAACUUCUUACGUGUGUACAAAGUACACAGACAUUCUUUUUUUUUAGUCUGGAUUUGCCCUUGAGUGGUUCUCCAUUUCUUUUGAUGAUUCCUUAUCAGCCAUUUCUGAAUCUCGUUUUUCGUAGCAUCUUUAGUGAUGCCACAAAAAGGUUCUGGGCCUACAAAGGUUUUUCUCGAGUCUUGUUUUGCCAACAUAUCUGCUCGUUUGUUCCCAUGCGCCCCUUCAUGACCCAGCACCCAUAUUAAAGACACUUUAUUGUCUUUUGCCAGGUUGUUGAGGAGAUCUUUGCAGUUUCAUCUGGAUGUAUUUCACAUCUGUGUGUUUAAACAUCCGGGUGUUUUAACAUCCGGGACUUUGGUUCGUAUUUAAACUUUGUACAAUCUGAGCUAUCCAACUGGCUCAACCAGUCACAAUAUAUAUGUACCACUUUUUUCUCCGAUUUUAAACACGGUUGUUGUUUUGUUAGAAAUUUAACAAAAUAUUUAUUAUGAUCGAGUUUAAAAUAUUGUUAAUCUAUGAUAUAUGGAAAUAUUUCCCUGUAGGUAUCUAAAAGAAAAAGGUAUGUUAUCUCUUAGAAAAAGUUCUGUGUUCUUGUUUUAGACUGUGUGGAAAAGAAAGACUUAAAAGCUUAAAUUAAAUUAUUGUUAAUAUUUUCAUAAUUCGCCUUAGCAGGUUUUGUAAAUAGAAACCAUAGAAUAAUUUAUUUUGUAAUAAUCAUAUUGUUUGUUGUGAAAUUUCAAGUCAUCCCAUUAGUAUUUUAUUAUUUUCCAUUCCAUGUUUAUUAAUUUAUUAAAUUUUUUACUCGCAAUGUACAGUUCUAAAUAAAUUUUCAUGAAAAAUAUGUUCAAACAAUAUGUUUUGCGUAUUUUAACACAAAAGUAGAGAUUCCAUGAAUGUAUUUGAUUUGUUUUAAUGUUUGAUUGUUAAAAAAUUAUGUUUACACAAAUUUGAGAGGCUUUGCAAUCACAAUUCGAGCAAAUUUAAAGCUUUCAUAUAAACUAGAGUAUUUAAUUUCAUUAUUGAAUUAUUCUCUUUGUUCAUUAUAGCCCAGUCAGUGAAGUAUAUUUUAUAACAAAAUAUCAUUAUCUACGAUCGAUAUCGAUUUCAAUUCAUCCGUAGCUUAGCGGCUAGAAUACUAGCUUUCUAAGCCAAUAUCGCAAGGGUUCGAUUUUUGGCAGCAACAAUAUUUUCAUUUCUAAAAAUGAUACCAGCCGUCACCGUGUUUCGGGGGGCACGUAAAGCCAUCGGUCACAUUUUUCUAAAUUCUUCUAUUUCUUCAGUCUUAUGUAAAUGUUCAACAUUUCAUACUGUUACCGUAAAAUUUGCAACGAUUUUCUACAUCGGUUAUCUUUUUUGUAUCGCAAAUAUCUGACAGUUAAUAUUAAUUUUAACAUCCUCUCAAAUCAUAUGAAAAUAUUAGCAUCCUAGUAUUAGGAUUCAAAAUUCUGGUUCUUAAAAGAAAAUAUUGUGGAUUGCAGAACAUCAAAAUCUUUGGGUUAAAUCCAUUUUUACCAGUGUGUUCAUGUUUGCUUACCUUUCUGUUGAAUGAAUCAGUCGUCAGCAUGUAUAAGAUUGGUCUGGUUUUUAUAAAAAAAAUUGUUUUAGAUGUCACCGAUAAACAAAUUUGGAAAUUGAUUUGGACAGGACUAUACACGAACAAACAGGAAUAAAAUAUAUAAUCUUUUGUGUUAAAAUACAUUUUGCAAUAGGUUAUAUGUUUGUGAAUGUGAUUUAUUUAAUAAUGGAUUUAUAUCAUACAUUUAAUUUAUUAUGAAUUUCUUUUUGGCAAUUUUUUCUAUCAAAAAAUGUCAAGACUUAUCUUCUCUAUUCUUGUAUUUUAAAUGAUACAUGUUUAUAUGUGUCUUAAAACUUGGUACAUAGCUUCUUAUUGGAAGCUAGAGGUACCAAAUCUGCAGAUAACACAGGAUAGAAGCCUGUUAGACAGUUCCUUUAAGAAAUAAACAAACGAUAUGUCAAAUUGAUGCCAAAGAUAUCGUCGAAUUUCUCGAGAUCCAUAGACGUCUAAAUUGUUAGUAUUCUGUAGGUUGACAUCACUUGGUUUAUACUUAAGAGGAAACAGUAGCGAUCAACAUGUAGCAAAAACGCGUUCCAAGAUUGCGGCUGUAAUUUUGAAUAUUUUUCGAGAUAUUUGGCAUACGUAUUCUUAAUAUAAUAAAGAAUAGCGGUACAAAGCCCAAUUUGAAAAUAUAUUAAUAUGUGGAAAUUACUCUGUAAUUAAAUACACAAUUAAAAAAACGAGCCUGUACCGCCAUUAAGAAGAACAAAAAAAUACACUUUCUUCAAAUAAACUUUUUUAUCCGAUGCCUAGAUUUUGUGUCAUUUUGGAACUACUAAUGAAAUAAAAAAUUUUAGUAGUUCCAAAAUGACACAAAAUCUAGACAUCGGAUAAAAAAGUUUAUUUGAAGAAAGUGUAUUUUUUUGUUCUUCUUAAUGGCGGUACAGGUAAACAUCUUUUUAAUAUUGUAUUUAAUUACACAGUAAUUUCCACAUAUUAAUAUAUUUUUCAAAUUGGGCUCUGUACCGCCAUUCUUUAUUAUAUUACGUAUACGUGUGCCAAAUAUCUCGAAAAAAUAUUCAAAAUUACAGCCGCAAUCUUGGAACGCGUUUUUGCUACCUGUUAAUCGCUACUGUUUCCUCUUAAUUAAUUCCCUUUCAGUCAUUUGAGCCUUCAGUUUACUAAAAAUCUAUCUUCCGAUCUAGAUAUAUUAUUGCUUAACAAGUCAUUCUACAGUGCGUCCAUAAAGUAACGCAUAAAUUCAUUAUUUUGUAAAGCGGCGACUUUGAAGAAAAAUCCCGAAACAGGCGAUUUUAAUUUUUAAAUUACGAUUUUUUGGCAUAUAUUUUUAUAUUAGUGACGACAUAAAUCUGGGCGUGAUGACGUAAUCGAUGAUUUUUUUUAAAUGAGAAUAGGUGUCAUGUGAUAGCUCAUUUGAAAGGGUACUUAAAUAUCUAUUCACUAAUAUAAACAUUAAUAUAAUUAUUUAUACGGUGUCCAAAAUUUUUUUUUAAAUUAAAUUAAUUGACACAAAAGAUGAAUGUAUUCAAUUUAUUUAAUUCUAAAUACAUUUUACUGCUGUCAGAAAACAGAAAAAAAAUUUAUUUGAAAAAUAAACAUUGAUUUUCGCUUAAACGAAAUAUUCAAAUUGCCAAGAGUAAGAUGGGUGGCAGCUUUAACAUUAAAUUUAAGCCAAAAACAAUAUUUUUAUCUGUCAAAUAAUCAUUUUUUUCUGUUUUCUGACCACAAUAAAACGUAUUAAGAAUUAAAUAAAUUAUAUACAUUCUUUUUUUGUCUCAAUUAAUUUAUUUAAAUUUUUUUUUCAACACCCUGUAUAAAUAAUUAUGUUAAUGUUUAUAUUAGUGAAUAGAGAAUUCAAUACCCUUUCAAAUGAGCUUUCACAUGAUACCUAUUCUCAUUUAAAAAAAUCAUCGAUUACGUCAUCACGCCCAGAUGAAUGACGUCACUAGUAUAGUAUAUAUGCCAGAAAAUCGAAAUUUAAAAAUAAAAAUCGACCUGUUUCAUGAUUUUUCCUUAAAGUCACAGGUUUAUGAAAUAAUGAAUUUAUAUGUUACUUUAUGGACGCACUGUAUAUUUUCUUUGUAUUGAAUAAAGGUAUUCAUUUUUGAAUGUUGGUGUAGGAUUACUAUCUUACUAAACAUUGCUCCAAGCUACAAAUAGAGGAUGAAAACACUGUUGUAUUCCAGAAUGUAAUUUUGACAUUUAUUGAAAGAAAGAAUUUUACCGUAAACUUAGUUCAUAAACUGACAUUCAAGAAACUUUGACAGAAAAAGCAACGGAUUAUAUAUCGAAAUAUCUCUCUUCUGUCAAAUUCUUGUUUGUUUCGGAUGAAGGCAUACUCUCUGUCCCUAUAUCCUAUAGUAUGUCUAUUUAUUUGUUAUGUUUAUUUUUUUGUUGAGUUUGUAAGUUUGUAUGUAUUCUUUGUUUCUUGCCCAUUUUUAUAUACACGCAUAUAUAGGCAAUUUAUUUCCAGUAUUUUUGAGUUUGAAACAGUAUAACUGUGUGAAAAUUUGUCAAACGUAUAUUUAUUUAUAAAUAUAAAGGUGCUAUAUAUUUAAAAAUGUUUAAACAUGCAAUGCAAUUAAAGUGUAAUAUUAUUUAGAAA